AUGAACCUGAUCAAAACGGAGACUGGUCAUCCGUCGAUGUCCAAUGCGAAAACGAUACCGAACAUCCCUUCGACACCGUCGAAAAUGAGUGGGGUGGUUCAUGGGUUGAACACUUCGGUCAAUUACGAUCCAUCCUCUGUGGUAGCGCAGAGUGCCAUGGAUCAAAGGCUGGAUUUGGGGUCCAUGAUUGAGGAGGUUACGUCACUGAUAGGCAAGGACAACUGGAUUAAGUACUCGCAAUUGAUCUCGCAUUUUAUUUUGGGGAAGUUGUCCAGGAAGGAGCUUAUGUCUGAAUUGAAUGACUUGUUCGGCGUCGUCUCUUCGAGCACGGAGCGUCGCAAACUGAUAAGGCUGCAUAAUCAGCUGCUUCUGGGGAUAUUCACCAACUCUCUGCGGGAGUCACCCCUCGGGAAUCAGGAUAAACGGCCGUCCACUUGGGGGUUCCAGAAUGAUAAGUUAAAGGGUGACAACAUGGUGAGCAAAAGGAAAGUUAACAAACAUAACUCUCAGAUUGAGACGUACAAGAAAAUCGUAAUGUCAUUGCCUACAAGCGACAGGAAUAGGCUCAAAAUGAUCACAAAGGAGGCCGGUAAAAAAGGGUUUAUCUACUGCUCUGUGUUACAAGGUCGGUUGAGUAACGUUCCCAAGAUUCCCGUGGUCACAAACCAAGACACUUUGAUGAGAAUAAAGGCUAAUAAUUUAAAGACACCAGUAGAAUGGUCUCAAGAUAUAGUAAACGGUUUCAACGCGCCGUUGGCAACUGAUAACUACGCUCUCCCAGAUACGGACUCCCUGUAUCUGAAAAUGAUAGGUAUCGCCAGAGAGCACGGUCUCGUCGGUUCAGUAGACACCAGGUGUGUGGAUCUUUUGUCGAUGGCACUGGAUGCGUACUUGAAAAGCAUAGUGGAAUUUGGUAUCGAUUCGGUACGGUACCGAAAAAAAAAGCAUUCAGAGUACUAUGACCUUAAUGACGCUGGGGUCUACGUCCCAGUCUCCACUGGGAAGGAUGACAUUUUGCAGGACGGUAACUUGGACGACGAAAGUGAAAAUUUGUCAAAGAUGUCGUUGACAAACGAAGAUAUAUUUAAUGCAUUAACAAUUUUCCCCAAUUUGGUAGAACCAACAGUAAACAUGUAUCACAGUUUACCGGCCACACAACUGUACAACGACGAUGAACUGGUAGUAACGAGGAGUAGCAUUGACGACUUGCCCGAGUUCCUGAAAGAGAAGCCAAUGUUCACCCCUCUGGACGACAAAAAUAUUGGAACAAGGGAGGAACUGAAUUGGUUGAUCAAGGAUAUGUUGACCGAGGAAUGA